AGGAGGCCCAUCUUCUCCACUAACCAAGCUUCCUUCUUCCUCUUUCGUUGGCAACAAGCGGCCGAAUUCCACAAGCAGCAGCAUAGAAGAAAAAUGGCUUUCUUCCUCUGUUAACUCCCAUAACCAAACUACUCAAGCGACGCCGAGAAGCCUGCGUUUGCUCUGUGCCCGCCGCCGCCGUGUCGAGCUCUUCCUCUCCGUCAUAAUUCUCACUGCGCUACGCUGUUCCAUCUGUUGAGAGCUCGUGUCUCUGCCACUUCUGGGAUGCCUAAUGCUCUUAUAUCCUUGAUGUGUGGCUACACUGCAUUGUUGUGCCCAGGAGGAUAGGAUUCGAUGCAGAAAGACAAGAAAAGUAACUGCUCAUCAACUUCACACCGUCAAUUGAAGGACAAUGUAAAGCACAGGCUUAAUGAUCUUCAAGAGAGGUUCUCUAAUCUUCAAGCUGCUCGAAGGGAAGGUCGCCAAAGAGAUGUGGUGGUGUUGGAGGAACAAGUGUCACAGAGUCUCCGUGAAUGGAAUGCUGAAGUAGAGGCACCGAGCCCUGCCUCCUCUUUGCUUGCCGGUGAUCUUGGAUCCUUCUCGGAUGAAUUGAACCGCUACUUGCAAUUGUAUGAGGAAGAAGAUGAUGCAACCAGUCCAUUAACUCAAUUUGCAGUUUUGGAUCCUCAACACGGUAUACAGCAGAAUACCGAAAGCCUUCCUCUUGGUGAUUUGACAGCGUAUCAUGGUUCCUUUGGAAAUGCUGACACUUUGAAGCAAGAUUUUGAAGGGCUUGAUCAACCCAGCGGGUUUUCUGAUGAAUUUGAGAGUAUAAUGGUUAAAACCCCGGAUAUGAAUACCUUCCUGGAGGGCGAUAAUUUCAUUUUGGAUGAAGCCCUUGGUCAUGGGCUUUACAUUGGCAAUAAUACUAAUGAUGUCUGUGAAAACAGUACUGAAUGUAGCAAACUAUCAUAUGUUAGCCCUCCUCCUUCAGCUUUCAUGGGUCCCAAAUGUGCACUCUGGGACUGUACCAGACCAGCUCAAGGAUCUGAACCAUAUAAGGACUACUGUAACAGCUUCCAUGGUGAGCUAGCUGUGAGUGAAGGCUGCCCAGGAACAAGACCAAUUCUACGACCCAAGGGAAUUGGUGUGAAGGACAAUUUUCUCUUUGAUGCUCUUACUGCAAGGAUACAGGGUAACGAUGUUGGUAUUCCUCAAUGUGAGGGAGCUGCUAAUGCAAAAUCACCAUGGAACGCCACUGAACUGUUUGAUCUUUCUUUAUGUGAAGGGGAAACUGUUCGAGAGUGGCUAUUUUUUGAUAAGCCUAGGAGGGCUUAUGACUCUGGAAGUAGGAAGCAGAGAUCGCUGCCAGACUACUCAGGGCGCUGGCAUGAAUCCAGGAAGCAGGACAUGACAUUGGGGUGCCAGAAGAGAUCUUAUUACAUGGACCCUCAGCCUUCCUGCAGUGAAGAGUGGCAUCUAUACGAGUACCAGGUCAAGAACAGCGAUGCUUCAUGUGCUCUAUACAAGUUGGAAUUCAAGCUUGUCGAGGGAAAGAAGACUCCCAAAGGAAAAGUUUCGAAGGACUCGCUUACUGACCUUCAAAUCGGUAUGGAGAGGCUAACUGCUCAUGGAACCCCCAACAGCAGUGUUAAAUCUACUGCUACAGCAGAUUCUCGUAAGACUGAGUCUUCCAGGGAUUCACCACUGCAGCAGUCUGGUAAAUAGCAUUGGUUGGUUCUUCGAUAGGGGGAGGGAGGGAGGGAGAGAGGGAUGUAACAGGGAAACGAAUGGUUUCUGUUUCGUGCUUUCAUAUUUUCCAUUUUGAACACAGUUGGUUCCAAGAUACUGCGCCUUAUGAUUCUGGAGAAUGUAUAAAUAUGACACGGUAUCGUCGUUGGACAGAGCAGCAGACAGUUGAAUGUAUGUAGUGAUCGUUUUGUUGAUCUUGGUGUUUACUGCUACCAGAGCAGACAGAAAAUGCUGUCUCUUUUCUGCUUUGAAUGGCAACUAUGGCAUCGACACAACUCGGU